AUGCAGACGACCAAAGUAUCGACUGUAUCGUAUUCUUCCCAAAACAACUGUUCCCGAACAGAACAGUCUCUCCACUUACGAGGUCCACCCACUGCUAUCAGCGAUGGCAGUUUUGUCGUCAAACCCGUUCUUCAAUCAAACGACUCUAGCUUUGGCGCUGAAAUUGGUGGCGUAGAUUGGACAAACCCAAUUCCAGCCAAAGUGGUCAGACAACUGGUCGACCUACAAGACAAGUAUGCGGUUCUGAUCUUUCGAGGAACCGGGCUUGACAAUGAUCGCCAUAUUGCCUUUUCGCAACAGCUUGGAGAAAAGCUCGAAGUCAACCCAUUUUUCCACGGCAUCGAGAAAGAUCGUCUGCAAGAGCCGUUUCUGUGGGAUGUCUCGAACAUUGAGCUCGACGGGUCUUUGGUGGAGAAGGACAGCCGGAGAUGGCACCACAGCCUGGGCAAUGCUCUUUGGCACACGGUACGGGUUCUGAAUCAUCUCUGGCACUCACGCAGACUUGCAUCGCCCGUGAUCUACGGUCAGCCAACCGCGGAAGAGCUCUCACUCAAACCACCGGCAUUCCACAAACUCGUUCAAACUGCGCCUGACGGACGCAAGACAUUGUAUCUCGCUGCUCAUGCCAAAAAGAUCGCUGGCAGAUCUUUUGAGGACAGCCAAAAGCUCAUCUGGGAGUUGAUUGAGCACUGUACGCAGCCAGAGUAUGUCUUCUCCAUGGAGUGGCUUGCAGGCGGAGAUAUGGUAUGGUGGGAUAACAGGCAAUGCAUGCAUCGAGCAAAUGCUUACACAGAAAAUAUGACAGCGAGGGAUGUGCGAAGGGCAACAGUCAUUGAUGAUGGCCCGCUGGCCUUUGGUGUAAAUGCAGAAGAGUUGGUCCCUGGCAAGGAACGUAAAGAGACAGCAGCAUAG